UUAUCUAGACUUGUUCAUAACCUAACCCCUUUCACAGAAAUCAAGUCUUUGAAUAAGGCUAGAUUUUUUUUAGUUUUAGUCAAUAGAAUUGAAAAGUGUAACUUAUUUUUGUGAAGGAAAGUAUAGUCCAUAAGAUAUUAAUUUGCUUGCAUCACUUGAUUGCAUGUUUAUCUUUGAAUGUUGGGCCCUUUUUAUUUUCUUUAUUUAUCAUGUUUGAAUUGUUCCCAAGUAAAAUAAAAAUAGUAUUAUUGUUUUGCUUGAGCCUUGAAGUAGUCCUUUGCUGUCUUUAUUAUUUUCCUUAUUUUUUUUUCUUUUAACACUCCCUAAGUGGCCAUUCUCAAAAUUCUUACUUGAAUAUUGUUAUUCUUACAAAUUAGUAUACUUCCCUGUGUUUAUGAAAAAAAUGUGAAAUGCAUUUCUAUAAAAAAACUAUUGUUGCUAAUUGCAUAAAACUACUUACUACAACUUUUAAGUGAUUUAGAAUAUAUACCAUAAAGCAAGAGAGAUUGUUGUUGCCCAGCUCGCUUCUUAACUUUGAGGUCCGAGAUUUAAUCACCACUCACAUAAAUGAAACACAUUUCAUGAUCAACAAUUUAUUAUUUAAUACGAGCACUAGUGAUGAGAGGAGAUGGUGGACACCAUCCGUUAAAUUAUAUAUCUAUCGUUAAAUUAUAUAUAUAUAUAUAUAUAUAUAAAUGCAUUAGGGUUGGUCAUAGGAAGUGCCCUAAGAUUUAAAAGUCCAUGAAAAUCUAUGAAGCAAACACCUGGUGUAUCCUGCAAUAAUGAAAAAGGUGGUCAACAAUUAGCUACUCUUCUGGAAGUAUAGAACUUUGAAAUCAGACAAAAACAGGAAAUGUAGAACUCUAUAUAGUGUGUAUGCAAGCAACAUGCAUAAUAAGCCUAUACAACCAAACAAUAUAAAAUUGGGCGUUUUCUCUCUUAGCUUCCUCAAAACAUCAAACAAAGAAAACUCUAGCUCAUUGAAAAUAUGAAACACGAAUUGACUACGCUCUCAGUUCCCAAUUUAAUCUUCUACGCGUAGUGAGUUUCAUUCUUAUUCACUCUCUAUCUUCUCCCUUCAACAACCAACCCUUCUCUUUUCACUUCUCUGUUUUUUCCCCUUCCCCUGUUUUUCCCAUUCCCCUAUUUUUCACUUUCCCCUGUUUUUUCCCCUGUUUCAAGAAUGAAACCUCUGCUUCAUCCAUCUUCCAUUUUAACUUUCUGGUUCACCCUUUUCAUAAUCUCAAUCAAUAUUCAAACACCCCUCUGUGCUGAUAAUGAUAGCAAGUACUACACGAACUGCUAUGAAGCUUUUUCCUGCGAUGGUAGCAGUGUUGGGAACCUCAAGUACCCAUUCUGGGGAGGAAACAGAACUGAGUACUGUGGUCAAUCUCAGUUGGAGCUCGUUUGUGAAGACCGUGCAGCGAAGAUCACAAUCAAUUCAAUCACAUACCGUGUUGUUAAAUGGGAGGAUUCAACACAGAAGCUCACGGUGGCUAGAGAUGACUUCUGGGGUGGUGUCUGUGCUGUGAGUGAUUACCAGAACAGUUCAUUUGAUAACUCUCCCUUUCAAUAUGAUUUCAGUGGUGAUAAUAACGUGACGUUGUUAUACAAUUGCGGUUCUAUCGAUCCUCCGAGUGGGUUUUAUAGGAGUUCCUGCGAUGGUGGUAGUAGAGUUGUGUACUAUAUUGUAGGAGUAGGACCUUUAUCCUUUGCCUCUGCUUGCACGAGUGUUGUGGUUCCAGUUUUGGCAUCCCAAGUUUCAGCACUUGCAUCUACUGCUGGUAACAUAGACGAGGUAUUGAAUGAAGGUUUUGGGUUGAGAUGGAGUGGUAAUUAUCAAGAGUGCACAGGAUGUCUUGAUACUAGAGGAGCGUGUGGGUUUGAUGGAAAAUUCAGGUGUUUCUGCGAGGAUGGACCUCAUCAAUCUUCAUGCAUUUCAGAUAGGGCCCCAGCUCCAGGUAAAGGCGGUUCUACCAAAGUAGGCGUUAUAAUAGGUGUUGCUGCAGGAGUUGCAGUCCUUGUUGGCCUUCUUUGCUGUGGGUUCUUUAUGUUCCGACGAAAGAGAAAAAUGGCUAAGCAAUCAACAGGCAAGGACCUCCUCAUGCCUACUACUACUUCAAGGCCAAGCAGUUUCACUCUCACCUCUGCCACUAACUCUUCUCAAAGUGUCUCUUCUUACCCCUCUUCCACGUCUGGCACAGUGCCUCCCAAAAGUUUCUACUUUGGCGUCAAGGUGUUUACCUAUGAAGAACUAGAGGAAGCUACAAACGGUUUUCACACUUCCAGAGAACUUGGUGAAGGAGGUUUUGGCACAGUUUACAAAGGUGAACUCCAAGAUGGACGUGUGGUUGCCGUGAAACGCCAUUAUGAAAGCAAUUUUAAACGUGUUGAGCAGUUCAUAAAUGAAGUUAGGAUUCUAGCUACCUUACGGCACAAGAACCUGGUGACACUCUAUGGAUGCACCUCUAGACAUAGCCGAGAGCUUCUCCUUGUCUAUGAAUUCAUAUCUAAUGGAACAGUGGAUGAUCAUCUUCACGGGAAACGGUCGAAGUCCGCUUUACUUCCUUGGCCUGUCCGAUUGAACAUUGCAGUAGAAACAGCUGAAGCACUAGCCUACCUCCAUGCAAAUGAUGUCAUACACCGCGAUGUUAAAUCCAACAACAUCCUCUUAGAUGAUAAAUUUCAUGUUAAGGUUGCUGAUUUUGGUCUCUCGCGGUUGUUCCCCACUCAUGUCACUCAUGUGUCAACUGCUCCACAAGGAACACCUGGUUAUGUUGACCCUGAGUAUUAUCAGUGCUACCAACUCAAUGAUAAGAGUGAUGUUUACAGCUUUGGGGUUGUCUUAGUUGAGCUCAUAUCAUCAUUACAAGCUGUGGACGUUAGCCGGCACCGCAGUGACGUGAACUUGGCGAACAUGGCCAUCAAUAAAAUUCAGAACCAAGAAUUACAUGAGUUGGUGGAUUUGGAUCUUGGAUUUGAAAAGGACGAUGGUGUGAGGAGGAUGAUGACAGGAGUGGCGGAAUUAGCCUUUCGAUGUUUGCAACAGCAGAAAGAAAUGAGGCCCAACAUGGAUGAGGCGGUGGAAAUCUUGAGAGCAAUCAAGAGUGAUGAGCUUGACACAAGGGAAGCAAAAGUAGUGGAUGUUGUGACAGAUGAAGUUGUGCUUCUGAAGAAGGUUCCUUCACCAGUUUCACCAGAUUCAGUUGCUGAUAAAUGGCAGUGGGGGAUGCUAAGAAGAACAACUUAACAACACAUGUGCAUGGCCAGAGAUUACUGAGUCAGGACUCAAAUCUACAUUGGCAGGUAUGUUGUGGCUGCAAUUGCGGUUGCGGACCACAAUUUACAACCCUGAGUUGUAUCAUGAGUGUCCAAUACAUGUAGUGGUGAAUAUUUAGGCUAUUUUGUUCAUGGACUAAUUGUUAAACACACAAGGGCUCUUGCUGAUCAUAGCGUGUCAGAAGGUUAGAAUACAUAUUUCAAUAAUAGUUGAUGCAGUUGUGAUCCAUGGUAUUUGGAGAAGAGGAGCAGCAUUUGUAUAUAUGAUCUUUGGUGUUUCCUCUGGUUACUGGUGAGAAAAACGUAAAAAACAAGUUUAAUGACCCUGCACAGUAAUAAUAGAUCUUCUUAUCCU